UUCCUGAAGCGCGAGGCAGGAAGUUACCUGUUCCUUGGGAGUCCAGCGGAGAAAGUGCUCUCUGCCGCGCUGGUGGCGGCGAGGGCUGGAGGUGGCGGGGAGCCGGCCGUCGGUUCACGCAGCACCACGGCCGCCUCCUCCAGCCCCGAGCCCGGCGCGGCCGCCCGGGGGGCUCCUCCGGGAUCCCUGAAGCGGCUCCGAGGAGCGCCUCCCCAGGCGUCGGCGCCGACCGGCCGGGGGACGGGCUGUGCUGUUGGGCGCUCGGGGCGGCAGUGGGAAGGACCCCCGCCGCCUGUCCUGGAAGCCCGAGGCCCGGGUCCUGAGCGCCUGCUUUGGACCUGAGUCUAGACGGAGCCAACACGCUCAGCCCCGGCCCGCCGCAGGCGGGGCUCUGCCUCGUCUCUGACAUGUCGCCCACCCUCUCCCACAAGGACAGCAGUCGGCAGCGGCGGCCAGGGACUUUCAGCCACGCUCUGGACAUGAAGAGCGGCCCCCUGCCCCCGGGCAGCUGGGACGACAGUCACCCGGCCUCGGCGGGCGGGGAGGGGGACCGGGAGGCCCUGCUGAGGGACGCCGGCCCCGCAGACUUCCCCAAAGCCCCGCGCGGCUGCCGGGCGGAGCUCAGCAGCAUUUUGCUGCUGCUCUUCCUUUACGUUCUCCAGGGCAUCCCGCUCGGCCUGGCGGGAAGCAUCCCGCUCAUCUUGCAGAGCAAAAACGUCAGCUACACCGACCAGGCGUUCUUCAGCUUCGUCUUUUGGCCCUUCAGCCUCAAGUUGCUCUGGGCCCCGUUGGUCGACGCGGUCUACCUUAAGAACUUCGGCCGGCGCAAAUCCUGGCUGGUGCCCACACAGUACAUACUGGGACUCUUCAUGAUCUAUCUGUCCACCCAGGUGGACCGCUUGCUCGGGAAUGCGGACGGCAGGACCCCCGACGUGCUUGCCCUCACUGUGACAUUCUUUCUGUUUGAAUUCCUGGCCGCCACUCAGGACAUCGCCGUGGAUGGCUGGGCGUUGACUAUGUUGUCCCGAGAAAACGUGGGCUAUGCUUCCACCUGCAACUCCGUGGGCCAAACGGCAGGCUACUUUUUGGGCAAUGUUUUGUUUUUGGCCCUUGAAUCAGCCGACUUUUGUAACAAAUAUUUGCGGUUUCAGCCUCAGCCGAGGGGAAUUGUUACUCUUUCAGAUUUUCUUUUUUUCUGGGGAACUAUAUUUUUAAUAACAACAACAUUAGUUGCCUUUCUGAAAAAAGAAAACAAAGAAGUAUCGGUAGUAAAAGAAGAAACACAAGGAAUCACAGAUACUUACAAGCUGCUUUUUGCAAUUAUAAAAAUGCCAGCAGUUCUGACAUUUUGCCUUCUGAUUCUAACUUCAAAGAUUGGUUUUUCAGCAGCAGAUGCAGUAACGGGACUGAAAUUGGUAGAAGAGGGCGUACCCAAAGAACAUUUAGCCCUACUGGCAGUUCCAAUGGUUCCUUUACAGAUAAUAUUGCCUCUGAUUAUCAGCAAAUACACUGCAGGUCCACAACCAUUAAAUAUAUUUUACAAGGCCAUGCCUUACAGAUUACUGCUUGGAUUGGAGUAUGCACUCCUGGUUUGGUGGACUCCUAAAGUAGAGCACCAGGGAGGAUUCCCUCCGUAUUACUACUUCAUAGUGCUGCUGAGUUAUGCCUUACACCAGAUUACUUUGUACAGCAUGUAUGUUUCUAUAAUGGCUUUCAAUGCAAAGGUCAGUGAUCCCCUUAUUGGAGGAACAUACAUGACCCUUUUAAACACUGUAUCCAAUUUGGGAGGAAACUGGCCCUCUACAGUUGCUCUUUGGUUGGUGGAUCCCCUCACAGUGAAAGAGUGUGUAGGAGCAUCAAACCAGAAUUGUCGAACACCUGAUGCUGUUGAGCUUUGCAAAAAACUUGGUGGCUCAUGUGUUACAGCACUGGAUGGUUAUUAUGUGGAAUCCAUUAUUUGUGUUCUUAUUGGAUUUGGUUGGUGGUUCUUUCUUGGUCCCAAAUUUAAAAAGUUACAGGAUGAAGGACCAUCUUCAUGGAAGUGCAAAAGAGGCAAUUAAUGCACACACUAUUGGAUAUUCUAGAAGGUAACCAUAGUUUAGUUUUAAUUCAGAGAGCUAUGAUAAUCAGUGCACAGGAGUAUAAAAUAUUAUUUUAAGCAAGGGAAUUAUUAAUAUAAAAUGCCAAAUGUUGAAAAGUAGUAACCUUUAUGUAUGAUCAUAUUUUUUCCUUGUCUUUUCAAUGUAUUUAAAGUUUUCUUAAGGCUAGGAUAUUGAUUCUGAAACAACUCUUCUGGCCUUUUUUUUGAUGUAUGUCUUUUUAAUUUACUGACCAAAGCAUAUUUUAAGCUGCAAUGCAGUAGUCAUUGGUGGAAACCACACAGUCAAGUAUUAUCAGUACCUGUCAUUGAGCUGAAACCUUGGUAUAGUAUAUUAGAAGGAAGACAGCUUGGUAUUCAGGUUCUAACUACAACUAAUCUGACCUUGUUGCAGUUAAAGUCUUAUUCGGAAUUAUAAAUUUGUUAAGUUUUAUGUGGAAUUUGCUGAGAAGAGAAUGUAGACUACUGAAACAUCAUUUAGUUGUUUUUUUUUUUUUUUACCAUAUCCACAUUUUUCAAAUGGAUCUGUGUUAAAAAGACUAUUUUAAAAUGUAUUUCCUGCUUUUGUAAGCAUUGAAGGUUUAUAAGAUUAUUCAAACUAUUUUUUAUAAAAUGAUUCUGUUUUUAAUUUAUUGAUUUCUCCUGCUCCUAUUUUGGGGAAAAUAUUUUGAUUCCUUGUUAACUCUGAAGCUUACAUAUGUUUUAGUUUGUCACAAGUGCUUCGUGGCACACAGACGGCUAAAGAAGGGAUCAAGUUUAGUCUUGUUUGUAUGUUUGUGGCAAAGUUUGAAAAUAAAAAAUUAAAUGUUAUUAAUCAAGUAGUUCUUUUUUUAAUUAUCGAAAGGGGAAAAACAGUAAAACUUUCCAAUUAAGUGAAAUUUAAUAUAUUUUAAAAUUAUAUUUAAAGAGACAGACAUUUUGUGCCUUUGACAAAUUAAUGUGGUAGGAGAAAGUUGAAUGUUUCUUAAGCACUUUACUAAUGAAAAUAUCUCAUGAUUCCUUUAUGCCAAAUCAGGUACUGUAUUUUCAUUUAUUAAAACUGUAUUUGUGAACUGUAGUUUCUAGUGGAGAGUUGCUAUUCAGAAGAAUUAAGCUCUGAGUACACUAGUGAUUUCCAGUCUAUAAUGUGCACCCAGGGAUACGGCUCUUUCCAUAUUACAUGUUGGGUUGUUACUCUGACUCUUUAGAAAUUACAAAAUUUCUUCAAAGGCUAGGGGAAAGAGAUUGAGUUAUGAAUCUUAGUAGUUUUAUCUUUGUGGGAAAAUAUAUACUAACUCCUGACUUUGUUAAUUUUAUAACAUAGGUUGACUUUUAGAGAGGGGUCUUUGUAAGUAAUGGAGGAUGAAUGGGUGGGAUAAACAGCACCCUGAAGAAAGGUGGGCGGUGGCCUCUAGCAUGCAUGCACUGCCGUUGGGGAGCCUGUGUCGGGCGUCAGAGUCAGAUCCUGAAGAAUCACCCGGAAAAAUACUCACCUGGAGUCAAGGAAGGAGGCUACACAAAGCCGGGGACUGCAGUACUUUGUGACAUGGUUGUCUCUUAUUAUGUAUUAUAAUCAAAAUGUUUACUUGAAUAAAGAAAAUCCACUUAACUAUCACAUGUGAAAUGAAUUUUGAUUUUUAAUUUUUGGAUUAAGCUCAGAUUUCUUUAUAUUUAUGUUUCACAUAACACACUUUCAUAAUUUUAAGUCCAUAUGUUUUUAAUAUCUUGAAGUUUUAAAACAUAUAUUAAGCCUUUAUAAGGUGAAAGCCAUUGAUUGCAUUUGUUCUAGAAAUGAACCAAAAAUUAUUUUCAGUUACAGUCUCUGGUAAUUUGGGAACAUUAAUGUAUACUAAAAAAUGACUUGUUAAUAGUGAUGUGCAACUGUAUUGCAUACAUUGAUCAUGAAUGGCAUUUUAAAAUGAUUUACCCGAAUCUCAUUGUAAAUUAAUAGUACUGAAAAAUGCUACCUUAUUUUUAUGUGUGUUUUUUGAUUGGUUGAUCCUGAUAAAUCAGGUUCUGCCUUCAAAUCUGGGCAUUAAGUCUUCCAGCUAAUGCAUAUAUGUUGACUGGCUAAUCAUGGAUUGAAUAUAUCUCUCUUUUUGUCAGUAUCUCCAUAUGGUUUACAAUCUGAAUACAGCUCAAUUUGAAGAAUUCAAGAUAAGCUAAGACUAAAACUGAAAAAUCCGUCCAUUUAUGAAUAUUUCCUUAUCAGUUGCAAAAAGUUUAACACCUCAGCAGAUUUCUCUAGAACUUUUUUGUAAUAAACUUUUGAAAUCUAAUCUUCAAUCUAAAACUAUUGUUGGAUUUUAUCCAUUUGUUUCAAGGGUUUGUAGCCUAACCAGAUGUCAGUGGGAUCCUGAAACCCUUGAAUUGCUUAGAAAAGUCUGAAUGUGUAAUUUUUUAUAUUUCUGGAUAGAACUUUUGUUAAAAUCUUGAACAGGCUGCUGUUCAAAAACAUGUAAUAGCCUUGGCCUUGAUUGUGGACUGCACUGUGAAUUACAAUCAUAAAAUUGAAGUAAUAGCUAUAGAUGUGUUCAAAGCAUCUUGGAAAGAAUAUGUAGAGAAGAAUCUGUGAUGAACCAUGAAGAUGGCUGCGUGGAUAGUUCUGAACUUGAACCUUGAAAGAAUGAGAGCAGAUGAGGCACUGUUAAUAGAAGAGAGGACACAGUGGUGGAUUGUGUCCUACAAAAGUCAUCUCCUAGCCAUCUCCCCUAUGCAUGGCCUUUAUUUUUGCAUGUUGCUGUGUAUUAAAUGAUUGAGAUCAUUGUUACACAUAACAGAUGAUCAGAUUUGUUUUUGCAUUUUGGGGAAUCAUGUUUUCCCAAGUAGUUAGAAGAGUGAGUGAAGCUGUGAAGCACAGGCCUGCUAACAAAUGAAGAAACAACCUCUUGGGAAUGUCCCAUGCAGGUUUCCAAAGUAUAUUUUACCAUAGUAUUAGAGAAAGAAAAUAAACUUUAAAAAUCGUUUCAAUAUAGAUAGGAUUAACAUUUAAUAAAAAACAUUUUAGUUUUAGAAAAGGUGAUAUUGUGCAUUAUAGCUACUGAGACUUUUUUAACCCAUGCCUUUAUUAGAUAAGGUAUAAUUUUUCUAUUUUCUUAGAAGAUGUGAGAUAUUAUGAUAGACCAUAGUAUUCUGUUCCAUUUCAGUUUGUAUCUGCUGAAUUGACAGUGCUAAAUUUUUAAUGUAAUUACUGUUUGAUUUGGGACUUCGAAUUCAUACAAGUAAAAACUGAUGUUAGGGUGUUCAUUUUACCUCACUGAUUUGUUAGCAAAGAUAGAAUAGGCAAAGAGAGUGCAUUUUUGUUCCUAGAAUUCUGUUCUGAUGGAGGCAGGUUCUGUAUCAGGACAGACUUAUGUGCAGAACUCUUCCUUAAUCAAAUAGGAAUGUUUCUUUGAUAAUUGGGUUAUAAAAAUUGUCUUUAGGAGGUUUGUUUUAUUGUAUGGGAGGGGAGUAAAUAGUGUGUAGGAGAAAAUAGUUUUACAUAGAAUGAAAAUUUUAUAAUAAUUAUAUUCAAUCUUUAAAAAGUUUUUACCCAAGUAUAUAAUUAAAGAGAUAAUGUUAAAAUAUUAGCAAUUAAUUUGCAUGACUCAUGAUGUUUUGAAUCAUUUAGAAAAAGGUUCCUGGGGCUGGGGAGAUAGCUCAGUCGGUAGAGUGCUUGUCUUGUAAGCACAAGGCCCUGGGUUCGAUCCCCAGCACCCAAAAAAAAAAAAAGAAAAAAAAAAAAAAAAAGAAAAAG